CGGCGGUUACAGCUGGACUGCGUUCGUCUUUGUACUGUUUUUGGGAAUGACGACCGUGCUCGCGAACAUCCACCUACUUGCGAAGACUAGAUUCUCUCUUCAAAUCCAUGGUAACAAAGCCACAUGCGCCAACAACUUGGAAAAUGUCUCGGAAGCCACGUACUACAGGUGAUUCUCCUGUCAUACAUCACCUCAUGUGUCCGCGUCAGAGUGUUGACUGUCAACAGAUGUAUGAGGUGCCCACUAAAAAGCAGAUCUAUCCUGACAACUUCCUGAAUCCAGGCUUGGUAAUCAGUGCCGUCACGACCAUCCUAUCGGACGCUGUCGUCCUCAGCAUGACGUGGUGGAAAACAUGGGGCAUCAAGAGAGCGGCUAUGCAAGCUCGAGCAAAGGCACCACUGGUCACCAUCUUGUUACGGGAUGGCACACUCUACUUCGCAGCGAUCACCUGUCUCAAUAUCGCUCAAGCUAUCAUUCAGGUGUAUAACAGUGGCUUCGAUUUUAUGACAUUUCUGUUGACGCCAUUGCCCCCAAUCUGCAUAUCGCGGUUUCUGUUCAACCUCCGUUCCAGCUCAAGGCCGCGUUGCCUUGCCUCAUUGAAUUUGUCAGAGUCAGACACUACUCGCAUGGGUCUGGAACUCGACGAGCUCGAAUGGAAUGUGGAUGCUCAUCCGACAAGUGUUAACACUGCAGAAGACGAGAUAGCAAGACAGGUAGAUGAUACAGAGCAUGCACGAUCACCUGAUGGACGCGUCAAUGUCGGGCUCGCUCUCUGACUCUCGUGAACAGGGUACUAUCAUCCAGACUGGCAGUGGUCGGUUGCAUUCGUAUUCUCAGACUCGACGGAUUUAUUCUAC